AUGGAUCAAGAUCCAUCCUCAUCCUCCUCCUCAACCCUCCGCAACCGCCGCCCUUCCAUCUCCGAAACCCUCCUCACGGCCGCAAUCCAAGCCGAACACGCCAUCGAGCAAAAGAUCUCCUCCCUCCUCUCCUGGGACGACCUGCCCCCCUGGCGCCGCGACAACGCCUACAUCCUCACCGGCUACCGCCCCAUCAUCCCCUCAUACGCCGCAUCCGCCCGUUCGCUCUUGUACCUGCACAACGAGUCCGUCAACAUCUGGUCCCACCUUUCCGGAGCAAUUGUCGCCAUUCUUACCGGAGUCUACUUGUAUCUCGUUAUUCGGCCGCGUUAUGACUCGGCUACGUCGUCCGAUGUCCUCGUCUUUGCGUGCUUUCUGGGCAGUGCAGUUGUCUGCCUCGGCAUGAGCGCUACGUACCACGCCUUGACGGACCAUAGCCCGGAGGUCGCCAAAUGGGGCAACAAGCUCGACUACACGGGCAUUGUGGCCUUGAUUGUGGGCAGUUACGUGCCCGCUAUGUAUUACGGCUUCUUCUGCCACCCGGUUAUCAUGGCCGAGUACCUGUAUCUGAUAUGCCUCCUGGGCCUAGGAUGCGUCAUCGUGUCUUGGGUUGAACAAUUCCGUACACCCGCUUGGAGACCUUACCGCGCUCUCAUGUUCGUCUGCCUCGGUCUCUCCGGCGUGGUCCCCGUAUGCCACGGGCUUCUCAAGUUCGGCUACCAAGCCCUCGAGGACAGAAUGGGCCUCAGCUGGGUCGUCCUGCAGGGCGCCAUGUACAUCUUCGGCGCCUUUCUUUACGCGGCUCGCUGGCCGGAGAGAAGCUAUCCUGGAACAUUCGACAUCUGGGGACACUCCCAUCAGAUCUUCCACAUGUUUGUCGUCAUGGCCGCGGCAACUCACUUCUACGGCAUGACCAAGGCAUUUGAUUAUCACCAUCAACAUGCGGGCUCACAGUGCUUAGACUUAUAG